AUGCGGCUGUCCUGCAAGGUGGCGGCGGCGCUGCUGGCGCUGGGCAGCCUGCUGCUGCUCUACCUGCUGGUCGGCAGCGCCGCCGCGCCCCCGCGCCCGCCGCCCGCGCCCUCCGCACCCGCCCGCCCCGCCGCGCCCCUCGGCCGCCGGCAGCCGAGGCUCAGCCGGAGCCCGCCGCGGAGGAUCGCGCCCGGGGGCGGACUCGCCGCUGCCAGGAAGCCUGGAGAACAAAAGCGUUCAAAAGAACCUUCAUCUUUACAAUGCAUGCAUCUGGCAGUUGUGGCGUGUGGGGACCGGCUGGAAGAGACUCUCAUCAUGCUGAAAUCAGCAGUUCUCUUUAGCAACAGGAGGCUCUGCUUUCACAUUUUUUCUGAGGAUUCCCUUAAGCCUGAAUUCAACAAGAAAUUACAGGAAUGGCCCUCCUCGUAUACAAAGAAAUUUGAAUACAACAUUUACCCAAUAACCUUCUCAGUAGGAAAUGCUCAGGAAUGGAAGAAGUUAUUCAAACCAUGUGCUGCCCAGCGCCUUUUUCUUCCGGUUAUUUUAAAGGAUGUGGAUUCUCUCCUUUAUGUGGACACCGAUGUUCUCUUCCUGAGGCCCAUCGAUGACAUCUGGCACAUCCUGAAAGAAUUCAACUCAACGCAGCUAGCUGCUAUGGCCCCAGAGCACGAAAUACCAAAGAUUGGCUGGUACAGUCGGUUUGCACGUCACCCGUAUUAUGGGACAACUGGAGUCAAUUCUGGAGUGAUGCUAAUGAAUUUAACACGGAUACGCAACACUCAGUUCAGGAACAGCAUGAUACCAAGUGGUUUGACUUGGGAGGAAAUGCUAUAUCCGUUAUAUCAAAAGUACAAAAACUACAUUACAUGGGGAGACCAGGAUUUACUAAAUAUUAUUUUUUACUUUAACCCAGAGUGUCUCUAUGUGUUUCCAUGUCAGUGGAACUACCGACCUGACCACUGUAUGUAUGGAAGUAACUGUAAAGGCGCAGAAGAAGAAGGUGUCUCUAUUCUGCAUGGAAAUAGAGGUGUCUACCAUGAUGAUAAGCAGCCUACAUUCAAGGCACUCUAUGAAGUGAUACGUGAUUUUCCAUUUGAAGACAAUCUCUUCCAGUCUCUGUACUAUCCUCUUCAGUCUAAGUUCCUGGAUACAGUGCACACUUUAUGUGGGAGAAUUCCACAAGUAUUUUUGAAGCAAAUUGAGAAAACUAUGAAGAAGGUGUAUGAAAAUCGUGUCAUUGUCUACCUGGGGGCCAACCACAGAUACUAAAUGUAGUUGUAUUUUUACAUGAAACUUGCACCUAGGUGGCUUGUGCCUAGAAGUCUUAAAGCAUUUAAAUGAAGGAUGUUACCUCUUUGUCUUAAACUCAAAAAAAACCCUUAUUCGAUUUCCUAGUAAAUCUCUGAAAUUACAAAGUCUGAAGAAGUCCUAGAGAUCCACCUAAACAGUCCUUUUGUUCUUUUCCUACUUGUUUGUCUUUUUGUUCCUUCUUUUUGGUUGCAACAGGAAGAGUUGAUGAUUCUCACUUUGUUUAUGAGUUUACUUUAUUUGUUUAAGAGCAGCAAUAUUCACUGUAACUUCUUUUUAGUUACUUUCAAGUUAUGCAGAAGUUAGUUCUGAACUGAAGCUCAACAAAAAAAGUGGCAUUUUGAGCUAUUAUGUAUGGAAUAUAACUUCAAAUGACAUGGCAAGCAUCUUUUUCCAAGCGUGUGAGGUGUGAAAGUGCUUGUGACACAUCCAUAAGAGUGAUGUGUGAAAGACACAACAUGGCAAACUGCAUUGCUACAGAAUCAUCUGAGUCAAGAAGGUGUUAAGAUAGGGAGCCUUCUGUCUUAGCAGGCCUGUGCUGGUCCUAAACAGCACAGAGCAGACAAACAGAAUCAGUUUGCUGUUCUCACCUCUGUGCUGCAAAUGCUAAUCAACAGUUUGCAUGUGCUGUGACUCAGAGAUGUUAUCUUAAAGGCUUUGCCACAGAAGUGUAAAUGGACUCAUAAAGGACAGAGGCACCUCUGCAUUUAUUUUGAUGGAAAGCCCAGAGAUUCAUAAUGGGAGCCAGACUGGCAUUUAAACUUAAGUGUAGAUGUCACCCUCUCUCACAGCUUGUCUUAUUUACUAUUUCAAUUGAAGUUUUAGUUGCAGCUUAAAAAAGAAACAGUAUUUCUGGAUACAGUGAAGUUUGAAAAUGUAACCCAAACUAACCUUCAAAAACCAGAAGGCAAUGAAGGGAAAACUCAGCACGCUGUUUUGAGAACUUUAAGAUAAUGUAAGCCUAUGAUAAGAGGUAAGCCUUUUAAUUUAGCAGUAAGGGGAACAUAGAGAAGUCUUAGUUUGCUUUUUUUAAUUUUAUUUUCAAAUACCAGAGUAAAGCUGACUGUAGGUCAAAUGAGGAUAGAUGAGACGCAUGCUGGCCACUUUGAAUCCCUCAUUUCCAUGGUGUCUAUAAGCCACAGAAAGUUGCAGAGCAAAAGCCUUGUUGCCCAGACAUUUUAGCUCUGGUGCUAAGUCUCUGAAGUUUAGAAAGCUGUGACCAUGUAAGCUAUGAUUCAGCAGAACCCUCUGGCUGUGGGCACAUUAAAAUGAAGGAAUGGAAUUCAUUACAAAACAAAGGCAUUAUUUCAUAUAAGAUGUUUAGGGAUCAAAACAGAGCUUUUUAUGUUUACAGGAGGUGCUACAUUAUUUUCAGAAAGCUAUUAAAAUAUAUGAAGCAUAUGCUUUAACAUGAAGACUCCUGUUAGUAUAAUAACCACUUGCCAGAAGAAUGGGAGAGUUCUUCCCGCUGUGCUUUUUCUGGGGGGCGGGGGGAAGCUGUAAUUUGAGCUCUCCAAAAUGUAUUAAAACAAUUACUUAACUUUGAUUUUUGUUGUUGUUGGAAUUAUUAAUUUAUAUUCUAUUACAGCUUCCAAAACCAUAUUGUAUUUGAUUUUAACAGUAGUUGGCUCUAAUAUUAAUCUUAUUUAGAAACCAGUUUUCAUUUAUUUCCUAUUUUGUACUUGUGGCUAAUUCAUGUAAAUUAGUCAGCCAUUAUUUCAGCAAUGGAAUGUGUAAAAACUUAGAUGGGCCUUAUCCUCUUUUCCUUUUCAUAUCUUACUUAUUUCCAGUGGUGUGUCACACUGAGGAGUGUCAUUGUAAUGUAGAAAGGAAAACCAAAAUCUUUUUCUGUAAAUUAGUAGAAACUCCAACAUACUGAAUGUGUUGCUAACAACAAAUCUCCUUGCACAUUGACAAAGAAACAACAGGGUGCAGCCCAAAGAACUGUGUCCUGGUUGUGUGAAAGUAAGCCCUAACCUAGCAGCUAUUUGAUACUCUGAAUUCUGUCUCUAGUUGGUAGCCUUAUAUGCAGUGCAUAAAUUUAAGCAUGUAACCAAGACCUUGCUGUAUCAGCGUCAAAUAUUCAGGUUUUCAAUUUGCUAUGUUAUACUUGAACUUGCUGAAGGUAGAUAAGUAGGGGCUUUACAUGAAGAGCUGCUGAGCACCUCCUUUUAGCCCAAAGCCAUUUAAGAAAGCAUCAGGUUACAAAUGCAUGUUGUACAAAGAACUGCCAGAGUAGGAAGCACUUGGUUGUGUUUCUAAAAGGUCAGAGUUUUUCUAGGUUCUUUGCCUGUAUAUUACAAAGUGGGCUUAGAUAGCUUUGCUAUCAUUUCUUUUUCUUACAAGUGGAAACUGGAAACUGCUCUGUGAGUGUAUGCAUGUGUACACCUAUGCAACGUGGGUGUACGUGUAAGGAACUAUGUAGCUUUCUUGUAUCAUUUAAUUCUUGUGUAUUUUUAUUUGACAAGUGCACCAAUUGUUUAUAGCUCCCAAGGAGGCAUAGCAGUGCAUUUCUGUGUUAAGAUCCUCUGGCUUAAAGAACAAAUAAAUGAAAUUUUAAGCAA